GCUCUGGGAACGGGAUCGGGACCGGGGCUUGGAUCGGGACCGGGAGUGGGAUCAGAAUUGGGACCGGGACCGGCCCGGCCCCGCCAUGGAGGCCUGGGUGCGCUUCAGCGCCCAGAGCCAGGCCCGGGAGCGCCUCCUCAGGGCUGCCCAGUACGCCUGUACCCUGGCCGGGGCCACGCUGAGCUCCAGGGCCGGCUCCGGGACCCUGAACCGCCUCCAGCAGCUGGAGGCUCAUCUGAGCCUGGGCCGCAAAUUGCUGCGCCUGGGGGGCUCGGCCGAGGCGCUGGGGGGGGCCCAGCGCUCGCUGCACCUCCCCGACCCCGUGCUGAGGUUCUGCCUCACCCUGUCCCACCUGAACCGCGCCCUCUUCCUCGCCUGUGACAACGUCCUGUGGGCCGGCAAGAGCGGCGUCCUGCCCGGCCUCGACGUGCACAAGUGGAGCCAGAGGGCCUUCAGGUAUUACCUGUUUGCCCUGGUGGUGAACCUGAGCCGGGACGCCUACGAGCUGCGGCUGCUGCUGGAGCGCGCCGAGGGGCCCGGCAGGCGCGGGAGGAGCCCGGAGAAGCUGCCCCGGCCCGAGGGCGCCGGGGGGAUCCAUCGGCUGCGGCUGCGGCUGCAGCUCCAGCUCCAGCUGCUGCUCCGGGUGCUCCGGGACAACCCCCUGCUGCUGGACCUGCUGAGGAACGCCUGCGACCUGGUGAUCCCGCUGGACAGGCUGGGGCUGUGGAGGAGCGGCCCGGGCGUCGUGGGGCUGUGCGGCCUGGCCUCGUCCGUGCUCUCCAUCCUCACCAUCCUCCACCCCUGGCUCAAGCUGAAGCCGUAGCCGUGCCGGGAGCUUCCCUGGGAUUAGCUGGGAAAUCCCUGGGCCCGCCGGCCCGGCCCGGCCCCGUCGUUCCCGGAGCCGCCAGGGAGGAGGGAACAUCCCGAAAUUCGCCCCUCCCUGUCGACUUUUCUGGUCGUUCCAAGGAGGAAUGUUUGGGGCUGGAACACCUGGAUCACCGGGGGCUCGGAGGGGGGGAAGUCCCCCGUGGGACUGGGAUGAUCCUCGGUGCCAGCCGGUUGAUCCGACCCCCACCGGGACAAUUUUCCUGCUUUUUAGGAAAUCCGAGGGGCAGGGAGAGGGCAACGGGAAGGACUUUGGAGGCAUGUGGGCGUCAGGCUUAGCAAAUCCAUGGAUUUGGGGUGAAGUCCAGGCAGGAAUUUGCCGUCCUGCACCUUCCCCUCCAUCCCAGGGAUAAGGAGGGACCGAGCUGGGGGCAGGGGGGUGACUCCCAGCAUUCCCACAUUCCCAACAGAGGGGCACUCGGCAUCCCUGGUGCUUCCCGGGGCUUCCUGGCCACUGGGGAGGAGCCAAAUCCUGUGGAUCCACCUCCUAUUUGGGAUACCGGGGGCGGGGCCGGGAUUCCCUGCUCGUCCCUGACGGAAUUCUCCCGUUUUCCCUGGAUUUUGUGAUUCCAGGUUGCGCUCCCGUGACCCUGACCCAGCUGUGAUGUCUGGUUGUUAAACCGCGCUAGGAGCUGGGAAUUCUUUAAUUCCAGAGGCGGGAUGUCCUUGGAUCCUACCCCGGGAGAGCAGGAACAUCCCUUGGAAGGGUUUUUGGGAGCUCCCAAACUCUGCCCUCUCCUGGGAAAAGCAGGGAUUGAAGGUCCCGGAGCCGCGUUUAUCCCGGGGGGAUUUGGGGUGGGCGGGAUGCCCAUCAGUGUAAUUAAUGAACUCAUUAAAUUAUUAAAGCCCUG